AAAAGGAAAACAUUACAACUUUUUAUUACUGAUUUUAGAUACCUACUUAAAACCCAUUUGAAACAACAUGUGGAAGAUAAGUCUCAGAAAUGUGAUAUUUGUGGCAAAAACUUCCUUAGCAAAUAUACCCUUGCAGCUCAUAGGCAUACACAUGCAAAAAUUAAUAUUUAUAAAUGUGGAUAUUGUGAUAGGCAAUUUAGGGGGAAAAAUUAUUUUGAAAUUCAUUUGAGAUCUCAUACAGGAGAGAACCUCUUCGAGUGCAAUAUGUGUGGGAAGAAAUUUUUAUCACAGACAACUUUGGAUAUACACAUUACAAGUCAUUCGAGCGAAAGACCCUUUGAAUGUGCUGAGUGCCAAAAAUGUUUUUCCAAUAAAAAUCAGCUUCGUGUUCAUGUUAAAAUACAUACCGAUCUUAAACCUUUCAAAUGUACAGCUUGUGACAAAUCUUUUGCUCACAAGAAAUAUUUGAACACACACCUUCAAACUCAUGUACCAGAAAAGAAUUUUAAAUGCGAGUUUUGUGGUAAGUGUUUUACAAAAAAAUCCUACCUCUUGAACCAUAUUCGAAUACACGAGGGAACCAAGGAAAAGUUUGAGUGUGACAUUUGCCACAAAACCGUUACUAGUAAAUCAUACUUGAGAAAACAUUUAGCGACUCACAAGGGAGAAAAGCCAUUCAAGUGUGAAACCUGUGGGCAAAGAUUUACUCAGAAAGGUGGUUUGAAGCGUCAUGAAAUGUUGCAUACUGGCGAACGUCCAUUUGAAUGUCCGAUCUGCGGCAAACGUUUUGUCAAAAAAUCGAAUUUGACUAGUCAUGUUCGCGUCCAUACCGGGGAAAAACCGUACGAGUGUCAAGUGUGUCAGAAAAGGUUUCCAGAGAAACACCAUCUCGAUCUACAUAUGCGCGUUCACACGGGGGAAAAACCAUACGAAUGUAAAAUUUGUUUGCGAAAAUUUUCGCAAAGAUCUCCUCUAAAAAAACACAUGCUUGCGCAUGCACUUAAGACUGAUAAGAAUGCAGAAGUUAAACAGGGAUAAAGUUCUGAUGUAGGCGUUUGAUAAUAUUAAUGCAGAGUGAUUACAUGUUAUACUGAUAAACUAUAAUUACAAUAGAUUUUAAUUGUGAUAAUAAGUUAAUAAGUACAAAGUGAUAAUAUUAAUUUAUUUGUGAUUUUAAAUAUAAUUUUUAUGAAACCGUUAGUAAUAAUUUUGUUAAUUUUUGGCAAU